UGAUAAUUGUCAAUUAUUGAUAUUAUAAUAAUGUUUGUAUGUAAGAGUCCAAGACCGGUUGGCGGUCAUACUUGCAUUGAUAAUUUUUUUUAAACGCAUCCUCAGGUUGUUUCUUAUACUUCAAUUUUCACAGUAAUUGCAAACCUAUGGAUCAUUCAGCACCUAUAAAACCUUCAAAAAUACUUAUUUUCUGGGAGGCUUAUUUGAAAUGUAACACUAUUGUGGAAAAUGCACUUAAAAAUGAUUUUAAAAUUGCAUGGUUUGAUUUACUGCUAUCUGAAAUACUGUCUGUACAUGAAAAAAUUAAGGAAGUUCCUGAUGAUAUUCCAAAAGCAAAUAUAUCUAAUGCAAUAGUAGAUCAAUUACUUUUGGAUAUUGAUCAUGUAUGUUCUGUGUCUGGUGAAGAAGAUUUAUCUAGUUUGAAGAAAUAUAUUUUAAUUGAACGAGGAUGGAGAUGUCUAACAGUUUUACAUUUGCUUGGGACUCAAGAAGUCCGACAACUAAAGGAACUGACUAAUGUCUUAGUAUCAGUUUUCACAAUAUUCAAUGAUGAUGUUGAUUGUAAAAUAAGUUAUGAUGCCAAAAAGAUUAAUCCUUAUAUUUCUUCAACGGAUGAAACAAAUUUGAAACUUGAUGAUUUAAUUAAGUUAACACAAUUUCAAGGUAUGAAAUCAAAAUCAAAAACUCAACUUAAUUCUAUAUAUGAUAGGUCAAGUCCUAGUAUACCUAGAUCUCGUCGAGUAAGCUCUGUAUCAGCAAAUAGGAUAAAAACUCACUCAUUAGAAGGUGAUAAAUCAAAAAUGGUCGAAGAAUCUAGUGAAUCAGAGUCUCAAACUGCAUUAGAUAUGAUGAAGUCGCCUAGCGCUCUGCGUAUUCGAUUUAAUCCAAUGGACUUUGAUUACUUUACUAAUAUUGUACGUAGUGGAGAUGAGCAUAAUGAGUCUGAUGAUGAAGAAACCAACUUGGCCAAAAGAAGAAAUUUGUAUCCUGGUUAUUUUUAUGACGAACAUAUUAAAUCUAUUACCAGUCACACUUCAACUCCAAGCCAAAUAAAGUUAUUAGUUUUAGAUUUAUUAACACAAAUUUUAUUGUUCAGUACUCAGAACCCUUUAAAAUAUAAUUUAAAAAGUAGUCAUCAGUUUGUGCCAUUUAUAGUUAUGAAAUUUUCAUUAGAUAGCAUAUGUGUUUCUCAGUUUGAUGUUAGCAAUAAAGAUGAUGAUGUAAUACAAUCAAAAAUGUUGUACAAUAUGGUUUUAGCUGUUAAAAAAUUGUAUCAGUAUCAAAACAUCAGUGAAACAAUUACUCAAGAAGGUAUUGUACCAUUAUUAUUGCAAAUUUUAGAAAACUUAUUGAACAAAUCAAGAAUAAAUGAGUUAAAAGAAUAUCCUUUUCGUCAAAAAACUCUUUUUGGUGUUGUAUGUGCAUUGCUGAUGUUAUUCUCAUUGAUGUUAUUUGAGUGUCAUUCUUAUAAUAGUCAUUUUAAUUUUUUAAAACAAAUACGAGUAAUGCUUGACUGCCAACGUGGCAAACUAAUUGAAAAAUGUAUUUCAUUAAUACUUAGUAUAAGAGAUCAAGACGCAGAACUCUCCUCUAAUCAUGUUAAAAUUGUUAUAAAUUUACUUGGUUUAUUAGUGUUGAACAUGAAGAAAAUAAGACAACGUAUGGUACAUCUACAGCAUUGUAACAAAAUCAGACAUCGACAUUGUACUAAAUCUAUGUUGCAUCAUCAUAACAAUCUCUUUGGAGAAGUAUAUGUAAGUAGUAUAGUUCCAUCUCAAGAUACUAGUCAAAAUUGUUGUGUUACUUCAUUGUCAAUGAUUCUUAUUCGACUAAUGAUCAACUUAAAUAACCAGGAUAAAGAACUAUGGUUUUAUUUGGCUAAGACAAUAGGAGUUACAGGAAUAUGUUGUUGUGUACCACUGUCUUUAAUUUUACCAAAGUUAUUAAAAAUGGUUGGUGACCAUGACUAUAAGAAGAGUUACAUGAUAUUACAACUGAUGGAAAAAACUUUGUAUCGAGAUACAGGUGUUGCAUACAAAGAUAAUUCUUGUAAGGUAUGUUGUGAUGAUGAUGACACUUCUCUAAGUAGUAUGAAUUUAUAUGAGAAAAAGAAGAAGAAAAAAGAACAAAAAUGGAUUACCUUUGAAUUGUUUAGAAAAUUAUUGACUGGUUCAAGCAUUAAACUGACAUAUACAAUUGGAUUACAUUUGUCAAAAAAUGCUUCAGUAUUUAUAAAGGAUGUUCAACAUGUAAUGUUGUUUCGUAUAUUUUAUCCAAUAUUUAAAACAAGUGAAAAAUCAUACAGGGAAAAUAAGAGUGAUUCUGAUCGUUUUCUAAUUAAUGUUUCAUUAAAUAUAUUUAACAUAUUAUUAGCGUCUCUAGAUUUUACAUCAGAAUUUGAUUCUCUAAAUGGUGUUAAAUACUUAAAACUUUUAAUAACUGAUCCAAUUUUUACAAAAUUGGCUUGCAAUGUGUUGGAAACAAAAAUAAUGUCAAAAAUGUGGACCUUGAAUCAAAUUAAAACAACUCCAAUUUUAAUUACAGAUAGUCAAGCGGAAGAUUUAAAUAUUAUUGUAACUGCAGUGUUUAAUUUAGUUGAAUUAUUUUGUGGUUAUGUAAUGAAAACACAAUCAACAAAAAUUAAUUUGAAAUUUAAAUACAGUCUAUCAGCCUUGUCAGAUUUUUUAAGAGAAGAUAUCACAUUUAAAUCUGUAGAUCAAUACAAUGACUAUAAUAGUGUUAUAACAAGAUUGGCUGAUUUAUUUCAAUGCUUAGCUAGACUUUCAUUAACAUGUCCUAGAAUUAGGAGUUAUUUACAAGUUUCAUCUGUUGUAUAUCAUUAUGACACACUUCUAUCAAUUGUAUCUUUAUUAUUAACCAGGCCAAUUAGUGUGGAAGGUAUGAAUGUAGUUACAAUUGAAGACAAAAAUGUUAUAAAUUUAAAGCUUAUCGAAUGUUUACUAGUCUUAAAUCUAUCAAUUUUUGAGGAUAAAAUUACAUUGGAUUCUCACGUAAAAGAUUUGUUGAUUGAAGCUUUGUCUAAAGGACAUAUUGGAAUUAAACAAGUUUGUAGUUCUUUAAUAAAAUGUGCUACAGUAUCUUAUAAUCGUCAAACCUUAAAUUCAAUAACAACAGAUCAAUCAUUAAAUAUGUUAUUGGAAAUAGAAACACCAGGUAAAGCUGAAUGGCUACCAUUUGAUGAUGACGAUGAUUUUAUUUCUGGUGAUGAAGGUUAUGAAGCAGAUAUUGAGUUUCAGAGUUGGAUAAAUAUUGACUCAUCUGAUAAAACUGCAGAUGAAUCAAUUUCUCAUAAAAAUAUUCACACAGAUACAAAAAAAAUGAACAUUAUGCAUCCAGCACUGUGUACAUUGGCUAUAGACCUAAUGACUUUUUCCAGAAAUCUUGACAAUAUAGAUGGAAUAAUUUACUGUUUACAAAGAUUAAUUGCUAUUUGUAAAGAUAAUGAUGAAAGUUGUAUAAAACUUGCUAAAGAAGGACUUAUUUCUAAAUUGUUAAACUGUAUUGAAGAACAUAUUAAUAACAAAGAACAAUUUGAAAUUUAUGAUAAAAUUUAUAAUUAUAUGAUGGAACUUAUUGCUUUAAUGGCUUGUCAUUAUAUAGAAACUUUUGAACUUGAGAUGUAUUUAAACUUGUUUAAAAUAAAUAAUCCACCUCUUAGGUUAUUACUCUUGCCAUUAGUUUACGUGACUGAUCAUAUACCAAUUGCAUGGCGACCAUAUUACAGUAUUCAAUUUCCUGCAAAAUUAAUCUCAGAUUUACCGAUUAGUGAUAGACCUGCAGAAGCAUUAGCUAUUUUAAUUCGAGAAAACCAUAAAGAAAUGAAUUUGCUGACACCAUGGUCUGUAUUUGCUCUAAGUUUACCCAUAAACACAGAUCUUGGAUGGUCUAUAUUAUCGACUGGCUUUUCAUUAUCAAUGUGGUUAUGUUUAGAUCAUGUGCAUAAAUGUAUAAGUAUCAAGAGAAACAAUUCUGCAGAAUCUAUUGGAAAAACUCAAAACUUACAAAAAGAAACAAACAAUUUAGAUGAUUUAACCCAUGUAUUUUCAGUUGGAUUUGAUGCAAUGCUUAUAGAGUUUUGGUUGAACUCUUUAACUGAUGGCUUUGUAGUGAGACUCACUAGGCCAAAUGAAAAUAAAUUUGAAUUACUUUCUGAAGUAAAUUUUAACAACUGUUUGGGUGUGAUUGCUUGGCAUCAUGUUGCUAUCAAUGUAAAUGGUAUUAAAAAAGGAGACAAAUUUAUUGAGAUAACACUUAUAAUAGAUGGAUUGUAUGAAAAUAAAGCCAAUCUCUUGUUUAAUGGAUUUCUUAUUAAAAAACCUCGACCAUCCAAUGUUCUAUUAGGGGAUACUAGAGAUAAUACUUCACCUAUUUCAAUUGGAAAUAUUUUAAUGUUCAGAUUGCCUGUUCUAACAAAAGAAUGUUCUAGUACUCUUGCAGCUUUUGGACCUGAUUUAGAAAAUUUGGCUGAUUGUUCGAAUAAUCCAUUAAAACCAAACUUUAGCAUGUUAUUUAAUGAUUCAGUUUUUAAUUUAAAUGCAUCUUUGAAUUCUAAUUUUGACUGGAGUCAAAUAUCGAAACAAAGUUUUGAAAUAAUUAAGCCUCUACAGGAUGUAAUAUUACUGAGUUUUACUCCAAGACAACCACUUACAGUUUGUUUGUACUCUUUGACUCUUCCAAAUCCUACAGGUUCUUUAUUUCCUCCUACUCAACCAUUAAUGUUCAAGAUGACUGCAUAUGAUUUACGUGCAUGUCAGAGCCCACCUCAAGUGAUAUCUACAGUUAUUGUUAGUUCUAUUAAAGUGCUUGAGCCAAAUGGAUUACUGACUGCAAUAAAUAAAAUAGGAGGCAUGCCUUUAAUAUUAUUUUUAUUUGCAAGGGUUAUAGAAUUUCAUUCAUCUUCUAAUGAUCAAGUUAAAGCAUUAAAAAUUCUAUUACAUUUUGUACAAUCUGAUUCUAAAUUGUAUUCAGAAUUUAUUACACUUGAUGGUUAUAAACUAUUAACAAAAGCACUGACUUCAUCAAAAAUUCAACCUAGUUGUUCGAUGCUAAUGGUUCUUUUGGAAGCCGGUUGUAAUAAAAAGGGAGCAUUUGUUUAUGUAAAUGAUGAAUGGAUUGUCAAUAUGUUUUAUGAAGGUGUUUUGUUGAAUACUUGUUUUAUAAAAGAAGUAAUUUUACCAUGUUGGAAGAUAUGGACUACCAAUAAUCAACAGAUUAUUCAGUAUCUUUUCAAAUUUUGUAAACAUCUUUUAUCGUUAAACCAUCCACAUAGAAAGUUUAAUUUAAAACAAAUUCAAUCAUCUGAAUUAUUGGAAUCGAUUUUAUUGCAAAUUAAGUGUCAAUUAUUGUUAGAGGAUUCAAAUGAAACCACAUUAGUAGGAUGUGUUCAAAAAGAUUUAGUUGAUUUUGUACAAAGUAUUUUUGAUUUACGAACAAAUAAAAGUUAUAUUACUUUGAUAUUAGACUUUUUGAUUGCUGUGCAUCCAAGUAAAAAUUUAUACUUGCCUCAUUUAAAAGCAUUAGUAUAUUUUGUUUUAUCACCCCAAUCAAGAAUGUAUGCAUCACCUGAUUUUCACAUUCAUGUAUCUUCAGAAUCUGAAGAGUCUGAUAGUAAAUUACAUUUAAACAAUUAUUCAGAAACUGAUUUUUCUGGUUCUAUUGAUACUCAUAGAUUAAAUACAGAGUUAUUAAAACUCCAGGUACAGCAAGAAUUGUUAAAAAAUAAUCAAAUAUAUUCAUCCAAAGCUAGUGAAGAAACAUCAGAAAGUAGUGAACAUUUUGUUCCAGAAGAGACUGGUCAAGAUUCCGGUAUAGAUGGUAGUAUUAAAGAUGUUGCCGUAGCGAUGAAAAGUAAUGAAAAAAAUGUAUCAUUGGACUAUGGUAAUGCUUGCGAAGCUGAAGUGUACUUUGGAGCUCAAGAAAAAUUAAAUGAAAAACAAUUUAAAUCUUCUGAUUCUGAAAGUUACAGUGAGAUGAUUGAAGGUUUAUUUUCUAUAUUAAGAAAUGUUUUAAUUAAUAUUUCAAAUUGUGUUCCUGGUAAUGUUAUUGAAAAAAUGUUUGACGCAGAGAAACUCGUGGUUUUACUUAACAAUCCUAGUCCUUCAAUUAAAAUUAUCGUUUUAAAAAUAAUAUGUGUAUUUUUACAACGAUGUAGUCAAUCGUAUGCUAAAAGAUUUGUGACUAAAUUCAAAGGAUUUUAUCAAAUGGCAAACAUAUUGUCAUUACAUCAAACCACAGUGAAUUUAGUUGACACUUGUGCUUCUAUAUUUACUGGUAACUAUUGGCUUUCUUUGGAUCAACAACUGCUAUGGGACCAACCUGUUGAAAUGGGUUCUUUUAACUUUUCUGCUGUCCCAUUAUUACUCUCGCUGUUACCCAAGUCUACUUAUAAUUUGACAUUGUGUACAAAUAUAGUAAACUUCUUUCUCAAACUCGUAACCAAGGUUCCACAGUGUUUGAAUACUAUUUUAGAGUAUGGUUUGGUUGAAUGUCUAUUAAAAACAUUAUCAGUAAUUGCUAGUAUUUACCCAACAGCUCAGAGUCAUAUAGAUUUAAAUAAACAAGAAAUACUUGUUGAUGAUAUAAAUUCAUUAUUAAUAACAUUGAUUACUUCAGCUAUUCAUACUCCUGGUACACAAAAUAUUCAAAUUUUAAAUGAUUCAGUGUACCAAUGUCGUUAUUUACAAAAAACAGAAAUACAAACAUCAAAAGAAGGCAUCAGGUCCAACUUAACCCUAAGAGAAACGCAACGUUUUAUUUUGGAAUCUGGAAUGGAUACAAUUCAAGAUCUCAUACAGACUCAACCACCUUUAGUUCCUGCUUUGUCCCGUUUAAAAAAGAACUUGAGUUCUGUGUUAUCAUUAAACAACCCAAAAGAAACAAAUAAUAUACCAUCCAUAUCAAACAGUGAAUCAAGCCUAUUUAGUAUUGUAUCUAAUAUUAAUCGUCAAAAAUCUUUAUCUAAAACAGAAUUAAUUGAAAGAUACAAAAAUAUAAUCAUUCGAUCUGUUGAGUUUAUUUUUGCUUCAAAUGAAAAAACAAGUGACGAAGUUACUCCUGAAGUUGCGUUUGGAUGUCAUUUGUUCACAAUUCUUCUUUACAAUCUUACUAGUAUUAUACAAAAUACGAGAGAACAAAGACAGCAUCCAUGGGUGUCUAUUUAUGGAGCUGCUCGUGAUGUUAUAAGAUUGCAAGGUGCCAAUUUAUUAGUAUGGCUUUUAAGUCCAGAUCAAACAACAAGGAUACGUAUUUUUGCUGUAAAAUCAUUAUUAAAUGAACCUAGGUCUAAAGAAUUGUUCAAAAACUUAAUAUAUAUAAAUCCUCAGAUUGAACAAAGGUUUUAUGUUUAUUUGUAUUCAUUGAUGAAUGCUGAUUUGACUGUACCUCUUACUGAAGAAGAAUUGUGUACGUGUGAAGCAUUGAAAGAACACCUGAUCGAAUUAGAAUUAUUAACUGCCGAUAGUAAUGGAAUUGUUUAUGAAAAUGAAUGGAAAAAUCAGAUAAAUCAAGUUUUAAGUCAAAUGAAUAUAGAAUUAAAUGGAAUGGAUAUUAAUCAAAAUGAUAAUAUUAUAAAAAGUGCUUGUAAAUGGGAUAACACAAUAAAGUUGAUUUGCAAUUCUGCUAUGGAAAUUACAACAAUUGUAUCAGAUAAACAAAAUUCCCAAAGGAAACUUGUACUAGAAAAAACUAAACAAAAUUAUAGAAAUACCAUACAAGCAACAAUACGAUGGAAAUCUAUUAUCAACCAAAUGUCUCACGAAAAGGCGCCGUGGUAUUUUCCAGAGUCAUAUCCAACAUCAUGGGAACUUAAUCCAACAGAAGGACCUAGUAGAGUGAGAAUUCGCCUUCAAAGGUGCCAUUUAAAUAUAUUAAAAAAAUUCUUUAAACCUGAACAUGUAAAAAAAGCUGAAAAAAAUAAUAUCAAAGGACCUCUAGACUAUUUAGUAUCAGAUGAUAUGGAAGUUCCUGUUUCCUCUGCUGUUGUUGAAAGCUUAUUGUCUCAAGAAAAAAUAUCGUACAUGUGUACUGCAAAACUAGUACACCCAUGGCAAAAAAUUAAAUGUGAAAUUUUAAUCAGUGAAAAUGCAAUUUACAUUGUUCCUACCGAAAACAUACCAAACUUUCCACAAAAUGAUUAUUCACAUGUUCUUAAAUUUGAUGAAAUCAAAGAAAUACAUAACCGCAGAUACUCACUGAAGGAAAAAGCUGUAGAAAUAUUUCUUACUAAUGGAAAAACGUUCUUAAUUGCUUUUCAUUCUCAAAAGGAAAGAGAUGAAUUUGGAAGUUAUUUAUUAAAUUUUCCAUUACCAAAUCAUAUUACCAACGAAAUACUAAGUGAAACAGUUGAUUUAUGGAGGACACGUCAAAUCACCAACAUGGAAUAUUUAUCGAUUUUGAAUAAAAUGGCUGCACGAUCUUAUAAUGAUUUAAUGCAAUAUCCUGUUAUGCCAUUUAUUUUAGCUAGUUACAAUACCACAGAAUUAGAUUUGAAUCAAUUAUCUACUUACAGGGAUUUGAGACGGCCUAUGGCAAUUCAGAAUAAAAAAAAAGAAGCUCAUUAUAUUCAACAUUACAACUAUUUAAAAGAAGAUAUUCAUAACUUUGGAACUGAUCCACAUCACUAUAGUUCACAUUACAGUAAUUCUGGUACAGUAUUACAUUUCUUGAUCAGAGUCCCACCAUACACACAAAUGUUUAUUAAAUAUCAAGAUAAUAAUUUUGACGUACCAGAUCGAUCAUUUCAUUCAAUGGAAAUUACCUGGCGUUUGUCAUCUGAUGAAUCAACGACUGACUUGAAGGAACUUAUACCUGAGUUUUACUAUUUACCUGAGAUGUUUAUGAACUUUGAACAAUUAAAUUUUGGAGUUAAGCAAUCUGGAGAAACUGUUGAUUCUGUUAAAUUACCAAUAUGGGCUCAAGAUAAUCCACGAUUAUUUGUUCUUAUUCAAAGGCAACUUCUGGAAUCUGAAAUAGUUAGUGAAAAUUUACCACAUUGGAUAGACUUAAUAUUUGGUUACAAACAGACUGGUAAAGCAGCAAUUGAUGCAAUCAAUGUGUUUCACCCAGCUACUUAUUAUGGAUCACAUAUAGAAGAUACAGAAGAUCCAGUUGCAAGAUCUGCUUUUAAAACUAUGGUCAGCACUUAUGGACAGACUCCAAGACAGUUAUUUCGCUUUCCACACCCAAUGAUAGUCAAUGAUUACUCUCCAAAAAAUGUAACAAAAAAUACUAACUGUCGAAAUGUUAUCAAAGGUUUAAAAAAUUUAAAAUGGGGAAAUUAUGUUGGAUCACCAGAGGAAAAUGUCCCCAUGUAUAUUUGGAAGAGAAAACACAAGACUCUGGUUACUAAUUUUGUGCCCUUACUUACCAAUGAUGUAUUUGGACUUUCAAAUAACUCUGCUUUACUCUUAACAUAUUCAAAAGAAAAAUCGUUAACAUUAUUAAAUGAAGGAGUUACUGUAAUGGCUGCAGCAAUACUUACUUGGAGUGAAUUUGAUAAUGUGGUUAGAAUUAAACAGCGUAAAGAAGCUCCCUCUAAACCAGCAUUCAAAUUUUUUUCUACAGACAACAUCAGCACUAUAGUCACUGCACCACACUGCCCUUAUAUUUGGAUUGGUUUUGAAUCUGGAAUUAUUCACGUAUACAAGUUUUAUUUUGACAUCAUUGUUGGUAACGUAGAAAUUUUUAAAGAACCGACUGUUCUUAUUGGCCAUCGAGCAAAAAUAUCUUGUAUAGCUUUGAGUCCAGCAUUUAGUAUUGCUGUCAGUUGUGAUAAUGAAGGAAUUGCAAUUAUUUGGGAUUUAAAUGAUAUUGCAUACGUGAGAUCAUUGGAGCCUAUGACAUUCCCAAUAAAUUUAGUUUCCAUCAAUGAAAUUCUUGGCGAUAUUGCUACAAUUGCUUACAACUGUAACAGUGGAAAAUCAAUCAUGACACUUCAUACUAUAAAUGCCUCACUUAUUGGCAGUAUAGAAAAUGAUAAAAAAAUAACAGCAGUAUGCUUUUCUAAUGCACCCGAAGGAAUAUCAGUUAAUAUUAUCGCAACGGGAUUGGAAGAUGGGAGUGUUAAGUUAUGGAGCACAUGGGAUUUAUCUUUUGUUAAUGAAAUACCAAUUAUCCAUUUUGACGGAGCAGUUAUAGCUAUUAUCUAUUCGAGUGACUCUCAACAUUUAUAUAUAUCAACAGAAGAUGGAACAGUAACAAUUUGGGAGUCUGCUGGUGCUAAACAAAUUAGUAAAACACCAAAAUUUUUAAAUCUUAGUAUACAAUAA